UUACAUUCAGCUCAACUUACACCUGCCAUCAACAUGUCCUACAGCUGCUAUUCUGGAAACUUCUCCUCCCGUUCCUGUGGAGAUCACCUGAACUAUCCUCACUCCUCCUGUGGCUCUUCCUAUCCCCGGCACCUGGUUCAGAGCUCUAGCUUCUUCUCUCCCAGAACCUGCCAUCUGGGCUCCUCUCUCCACAGCGGAUGUCGUCAGAACUGCUUCCAGCCCAUCAGAUGCCAAACUUCUCAUGUGGUGCACAGCUCCUGCCAGCGGCCCUGCUACACCCCAAGAGUCUCCAGCUUCUGCAGCCCCUGCAGGACCACAUACGCUGGCUCUCAGGGCUUUGGGUCCAGCAGCUGCCACUCUCUGGGCUAUGGGUCUAGAAGCUCUUACUCACUGAGCUGUGGAUCCAGUGGCUUUAGACCCCAGGGUUUCUCUUCAUUGGGCUAUGGAUCUGGAUUCUGCCACCCAUCCUAUGUGCCCUAUAGAACCUGCCAGUCUUCUUGUUACAGACCAAGCUGUGGUACUGGAUCUAGAUUCUACUGACCUUCUUUCUAAUUUCCAAUCUUUCUGACCACUGUCACCAGUCCUGGAUUCUUGGCUGUUGUUAUCUUCCUUCAUCUGGGAAGAAUUAUCUUCUCAUUCCCUGAUUGCCAAUUCCUCACUUUCUCUCUGAAGCCAGCUAUUGGCUGAUGUGUGUCCUUUGAGAACUCUGUAAUUAAUCUAUCAACUCAAAAAUAAAGUGUGCAUUGCAAAUGAAA